AUGUUUCGAUUAUUGCUUUCAUUAACUUUGACUGCAGGGAAAUUAUAUAAUAUAAAUGUGAACAUCAAACACGGAAAUGUCGUUUUCUGCUUCUGCCAAGGAUCUGUGGCAGCUUUGGUUAUAGACAGGUAUAUACGCCUGAUCGAUAACUCUGCUAAUUUCAGCCGGCUUAAAGAUCUUCUGUUGAUCUUCCAAGAUGGCCCC